AUAGGAAUUUGAAAGGAUUCUUUUGGAAGACUGUCCAGCAAAAUGUCCAAGAUCACAGUCGCCGGAGUGCGCCAGAAUGUUGAGCAGCUGCUCAACUACUCUCAGAAUGAGAAGAAGAGAAACUUCCUCGAGACCGUCGAGCUCCAGAUCGGUCUGAAGAACUACGACCCCCAGCGUGACAAGCGUUUCUCUGGCACCAUCAAGCUGCCCACCAUCCCCCGCCCUAACAUGAGCAUCUGUGUUCUUGGUGACCAGCACGAUCUCGACCGUGCUAAGCACUUCGGUGUUGACGCCAUGUCCGCUGAUGACCUCAAGAAGCUGAACAAGAACAAGAAGCUCAUCAAGAAGCUUGCUCGCAAGUACGAUGCCUUCGUCGCUUCCGACUCCCUCAUCAAGCAGAUCCCCCGUCUCUUGGGUCCUGGUCUUUCCAAGGCCGGAAAGUUCCCUACCCCCGUCUCCCACGCUGAGGACUUGGCCAACAAGAUCAACGAGAUCAAGGCCACCAUCAAGUUCCAGCUUAAGAAGGUUCUCUGCUUGGGUGUUGCCGUCGGUAACGUUGGCAUGACCGAGGACGAGCUCGUCGCCAACACCAUGCUGGCCAUCAACUACCUCGUCUCCCUGCUCAAGAAGGGCUGGCAGAACGUUGGUAGCCUUGUCCUCAAGGCUACCAUGUCUCCUCCCAAGCGUCUCUACUAAGAGACUCUUACGCUUUGCUGCGUUGGAGGGUUCUUUUUUUUUGAGAGGGAUUUAUUAGGGCUGGGAUUUUAUAGGCCUUAGUUGACUCUACGGAAAUUUGACCCACGACUUCAUG